UUCCAUUCUAAGCAACGACAGAGUAUUGUUUACACUCCUCCAACCGCACAGAUUUGUUACUAUAUUCUUUGCACCAUGGAAAAACGAGCAGCAUUCAUCACAGGUGGCGCCUCAGGCAUGGGCCUCGCCGUUGCGCAAGCACUCGCUUCUCGCCGAGACGAAAAUUGGGACAUCCACUUAAUAGAUCUGAACGUCGACGCAGGCCAGAACGCAAAAUCAUCCAUAAAAAAUGCCUACUUUCACCAGACAAACGUCACAGACUAUGAUUCUCUGAUACUGGCCUACGAAGCCGCCUUCUCAAUUUCCGGACGUAUCGAUUUUGUCUACGCUAACGCUGGAAUCGUGGAGCGCGACAACUUUUACGAAAAGCACGACUUGAGUAAGCCGCCGCCGCGCCCGAACCAGCUAAGCAUCGACAUAAAUCUCAAAGCAGUCAUUGAUACAAGCUACGUCGCAUUGCAUUAUUUCCGCAAGAGCCCGAAAAGUGACUUCAGUCCGGCACUAGUAAUGACAGCGAGCUGUGGGGGCUUGUAUCCAUCCGAGUUUUGUCCCAUGUACAGCGGGAGCAAAGCUGGUGUCAUUCAUUUUAAUCGCGCUAUAUCGUACUGUUACCACCUGGAAGGGAUUCGCACAUUUGUUACAGCGCCAGGCACUAUCCGGACAAAUCUGAUGAAUGGCGAAGAGUGGAAGGCUUUCCCGCAACAUUACUUUACGCCCAUGGAAACACUCGUAAAAGCAGUGCUUCACCUUGUUGAUGGCGGUGAUCUUGAGGAUUCGAAGGGGCGGAAGUAUUCUGCAGAGGAAGCAUACGGUCUCACCGUAGAGGUGAAUGGGCACAAUUUCUAUUUCAGAGAUGGAGCGGAAUAUUGUGAUGAGGAUAUGAAGGAUAUGAUGGCACACACCGGUAUGAAGACUCAGCUGGCGAGGAUCGAAGCGACGAAAGCGAAGACAAAUGGCGCGUAAGAGAAGCACAUCCAUAUUUCUUUAUCAUUUUGCGAGCAUUCUGCUUUCGCUUUU